AUGCAGCAAUUCCCAGAAAAGAAUUCCGAGCAGUUACACCAACAUGUGCGGUACAACCCCCUGAAGGGGGACUGGGUGCUGGUGUCGGCCCACAGGAUGAAGAGGCCAUGGUCAGGGCAGCAGGAGAACCCCCCGGAGGAGAACAUCCCACGACACGACCCCAAGAACCCCCUCUGUCCCAGGGCCACUCGAGCCAAUGGAAAGGUGAACCCAGACUAUGACAGCACGUUCCUGUUUGACAACGACUUCCCAGCCCUCCAGCCAGACGCACCUGACCCAGGUCCAAGUGAACAUCCACUCCUACAGACAGCAUCUGCAAGAGGGAAAUGCCAGGUGAUGUGCUUUCACCCUUGGACUGACAUCACACUCCCACUCAUGUCAUUGGCUGAGAUCAGAGCUGUGAUUGACAAGUGGGCGGAGAUUACCACUGACCUUGGGACCAAUCACAGAUGGGUGCAGUUGUUUGAGAACAAGGGAGCUGUGAUGGGGUGCUCCAACCCCCACCCCCACUGUCAGGUCUGGGCCAGCAGCUUUAUGCCAAACGAAGCAGUCGCUGAAGACAAGAACCAGAGAGAGUACUUCAACAAACACCAGUCACCAAUGCUCGUGGAUUACUAUAAAUUGGAGAAAGAGAAUGGGUGCGGACUACGAUUUUUAGAAUGGCCUGAGGUAAAGUUUAAAUACUUGCUGCUCCUCCUGCAGGUUCGGGUAGUUGUAGAGAACGAGGACUGGUUGGUGGUGGUGCCAUACUGGGCCGUGUGGCCGUACGAGACCCUGGUCCUGCCCAGGAGACAUGUCCUGAGACUGCCAGACCUCACCAGUAGUGAGAGGGAUGCCCUUGCAGACAUUACAAAGCGGCUACUAUGCAAGUAUGACAACCUGUUUGAGGUGUCCUUCCCCUACUCCAUGGGCUGGCAUGGUGCCCCCACAGGGGAUCUGAUCGAAGCUGAGAAUGGCCACUGGCAGCUCCAUGCACAUUACUACCCCCCUCUGCUGAGGUCGGCCACAGUCAGGAAGUUCAUGGUGGGUUUUGAGAUGCUGGCUCAGGCCCAGCGGGACCUCACAGCAGAACAGGCUGCUGAGAAGCUGAGAAACCUCCCAGAGCUCCACUACAAGAUCAAGAGACAGCAGGAAAACUAGAACUCAGCCUUUAAUGGACAAGUUUUCAACUGCCUAGAAUUCUUUGAUUCAAUCAUCAUCUCAAGAUUAAAGUUCACUUGUGAAGGAGGAACCCCUCCCAUACACUUAACUGGCUCAAGAUUGUGAACAUAGAGCCCAAACUAAAUCAAGUGCAAUAUCUGAUUAUCAUAACUGUUACAGGGUGGUUUCAUGCCUCAUUUCCAAAAAGGCAACUUAAAGUGUGCCAAAGACAUCACAUGGGUUUUCAAGUGUGUCAUGUGUGGUUCUGGCUCUUCCAAAGCUUCUAGAAUUGUAUGUUUAUGGAUGUAGUGCAAUUGUGUGAAGCUCAUCUCACUUUCCAGUCUGAUUUGCUUAAAACCCUUUUUGUGACAGAGUGUGCCUUGACCAAUUGUUUGAGAAAGGACAAUGAAAGUUUCCUAAAGUUUAUAAGUGAAUAGUUUGUGGCCAAGAUGUCUAAAUCUGUACCUUUUUUAGACUUGGUUGUUUACGUUGCAGUGGGAUACCCCCAAGUUGUUGCACAAUAAAAUAUUUGCAGCCUUUCAAGAAAUUAUAGAUAACAUGUACUUACACAAUAUGGCACAGCUGUCACAAUACAUCAUUGAUUGAAGACAGAGUUUCUUGUAAGUUCUUACAGGCAUUCUGCACCUUAUUGUGGAACUUGCUUUUCCUUUAAAAUAAAGAGUCUACUCAAACUUAAUUAGCAAUCAUGGUAAACUGUGUUUAGAACAGCAUGCAUAAGUGCCAAUCCAAAUGGUGUACGACUACAAAAAUAAAGCUAAGUCACUAACACUUUCAAGAGCACGAAAUUCAUGACAGGAGACCAUUUGUACCUUGGAAUAUUUUACAAUUUUAUUAUUAAAUAAUCCGUUGCAAAAUACAUACCUACAGAGUGUGGCUGCUAUGAGGUACAGAGUCCCAGUAUAUCGGGAGAGAUACAGGUUAUACGACAGGUUGUACAGCUUAUUUGCUUAGUGUAAGGGAGUUGUGACGAUGGGAAGUUAACAUAAUUUCAGUUGUCCAAUUGCAUGUCUUAUGGCUAUCAUGCGCUGCUUCAUUAUUCUUUUUUCCUAACCUUAUUCGUCUUCAGAUUCAAUGAUGUGUGGAAGCUUGCUUCCCAAGAAAUCUUAAAUUGUACAAGUUUAAGACGUUCCUUAUAUCUGUAAUGCAUUGGACAGCUAAAAUCAGUACACACCUUCCCAAUCCCUCACCAGUAUUGGUUAGUCCCACGUUUCCACACAAACCAAUAGAGAGAGAGAACACUGCAUGCGGCAGGUCUCCUUGUAGUUUAAAAAGGGGAAAACAUACAAACACUAUGUAUGGCUCCAUCGCCUCCUCAGGUGAAAAUCGUACCAAAUACAUGAAUGAUUACAUAACUGUGUGCUUAAGGAGGACGGAGAAAGUUUUAAAAACAAGACAAAGUGGAGGAAUGGAAAUGGCAUAUGACUACUCGUUUGCCUCUGCCAAAUUUGCUCAGGCAAUGUACAGCUCUUCUAGCAUGCACCAAGCUGUCCCGUUCUCAGUUAAACUAGAGUUCAAUCCAUAGCACGCCAAAAUCAGAACUUCUUUUCCUCGGUAUAGAAAACGCUGUCCUGUACAGAAGUCUUGGAGGAUAACCAAAUCCCUUGUACCUCUCUGCAAUGCUGUCCGGUGGAAACGAUGACAGCUCCAAGGCAGCUUUUCCAAUGCAUCUGUUCUUGCAACCUUCAAUUCCAUGAUCAACACACAAAAACACUUUCUUCUUGCACAUAACAACUAUGCAUACGGGACAACACACUUUAAGUGGAAUCUCCACCCUGCAGUUCCUAUUCAAAUAUCACUUACAAUAUGAAGCAAACUAUUUUGUCAACAGUUUGCACUGUCCUUAUUUACCAUUAUUCUUCUUUUCCAAGUUACAAUUUGGUGAAACCACUUUUAUCAGUUUUAGUUAAUGGUUGCCACAGACAUGGCC